UCCUUCUCGCACAACAAACCGCCGUUUUCUGGGCAUAAGGCUGUUUAGACUUGAGCUCCAGUGUAAUGGGAGGAUUUUUAGAAUAAACUGAGACAUUUAGUUUCUGCAAAGUAUCUAUUUCCAGUGUUCAUGUACAGCGAUCAGGGAUAUUAUGACCACCUGCCUAAUUGUUUUGGUCCCCAUUUUGCUGCCAAAACAGCCCUGUUAUACACUAUGUAUUCUGACACCUUUCUAUCAGAACCAGCUUUAACUUCUUCAGCAGUUUGAUCAACAGUAGCUCGUCUGUUGGAUCGGAUCACACGGGCCAGCCUUCACUCCCCUGGUUCAUCAAUGAGCCUUGGCCGCCCAUGACCCUGUCACCGGUUCAUGACUGUUCCUUCCUUGGACCACUUUUGAUAGAUACUGACUACUGCACCCCACAAGAGCUGCAGUUUUGGAGAUGCUCUGAUCCAGUCGUCUAGCCAUCACAAUUUGGCCCUCAUCAAACUCGCUCAAAUCCUUACACUUGCCCAUUUUUCCUGCUUCUAACACAUCAACUUUGAGGACAAAAUGUUCACUUACUGCCGAAUAUAUCCCACCCACUAACAGGUGCCAUGAUGAGGAGAUGAUCAGUGUUAUUCACUUCACCUGGCAGUGCUAAUACUGUCAUGACUGAUUGGUGUUCCUAUGAAUCCACAUGAAAAUAAACCUCCUAGCAAAAUACAAAGAAAAGAAUAUAGGGGCAAAGCAGCAAUUAAGGGGUCAAGCAAUUUUAGACACACUCCUUAGUGAUGGAGGGGAAGCUACUGGAACAAUCAGCACUUGUUCCCAAAGAGAUACUAAAUUAGAGAUACUAAAAGCAUCAGGCCAUUAGAAAGACGUUGCCGCAUGUCCUCUUCUCAGUAGCCUUCCUAAGUUGCCAAUGAAGGAUUGUUUCUUGACAUCAAGUCAUGUUGCUAAACUUAUGUGCACAAUGAGCUGCUUUGCAUUGCUGCGACUAAAACCUGGAGACCAUCACAGACUCCUGUUUAUCUACAGUGCCAUCACUCUUCGCCUGCUCAGUUCCAGACCUCGACCUGGCCGUGGGUUAAGAGAAAGUCUGCGCCUGCUGCAGCUGCCUGAGGACGGAAUCAGCAGCCAUGCCAAGGUCAAAGAAGCUUACUUGCACAUGGCCAAACUGUACCACCCUGACUCUGGAGCCCCCACUGCUGAUGCUGCUUUAUUCUCCCACAUAGAGGAGGCUUACAGAGUUGUACUAGCUCACCUGGCACGGCAAAAAUCUGCAUCUCAGAACACUCGAGAAGAGGAAGAGGAGGAAAAGGUUAAAAGUCAUGCACCACAGCACAGACAAUACCUCAGCUACGAAGGCAUGGGCUUUGGAACACCCAGCCAGCGUGAACGACAGUAUCGGCAGUUCCGAAUGGACAGAGCUACAGAUCAGGUGUUGGAAUACCGCUACAAAGCCAUGGAGAAAGCAGCGGCAGAAGAAGGAGCCAUGGUUCUGCGGGAUACACGUCUGCGAAGUAAGAAGAUCCAGAUUACACAGGCUGUGGAGAGGCUGGUUGAGGAUCUCAUCCAGGAGUCUAUGGCACGCGGUGACUUCCGUAACCUCAGUGGCACCGGCAAACCACUCAGCAAGUUCGAGCACAACCCCUAUGCAGACCCCAUGACCCACAACCUCAACCGCAUCCUCAUUGAUAACGGCUACCAACCUGAAUGGAUCGUGGCCCAGAAGGAGAUUAGAGAGACAAUUGAGAAGAUACGCAAUAGGCUACAGGAAGUCCGGGCCAAACUUGGAUCCCCAAUGAAACACUCUGAGCAGAUUCAGUGGAAAGAACACUGUGCCACUUUCUCUGAUGAACUGGCUAAGCUCAACAAGAAAGUCGACGAUUUCAACUUGAUUGUGCCUCUGAUGAGUAGGCAGAUGGUUCAUUUUAAUAUGAAAAGAGAGUUGGAGAAAGUACUGAAAACUGAUCAACAGCAUAGAAAAGAGAAGGAGCUAGAGAAAGAGAGGAAGCUCACAGAGGAGAGAGAGAAUGCAGCAGCCUCUCAGAAGAACUCUAAGCAAGGAUUUAUUACAUGGAUGCAGAGUCUGCUGAAAUGAAGCAAUGUCAGAAUAAUGUAUUUCAAAACACUGCAGUAAACAGCACCAAAUUGAGUAGACUACACAAGUCUUUAGAAUGAUUUACAAUUUAUUUGACUGUUUAAAAGAAAAUAUAUUAAUCAGCUCAGUUCUCAUGCAUCAUUGUGACAAAUCA